AGCUAAUUGGGUACCUGCAAUUUCACAUGUUAGGCACGCUUUCUUUAGGCACGCUUUCUUUUUUUCUCAUUCAUUGUAAUUUCCUCUUGCUCCCCACAAGGAUUGCGUUUGGCAAACACAGGAAUCACACUGUGCAUUGACUGCCACUCCCCUGCACUUUGAACAGACUGCCAGUGCACCUCUCCUGCACUGUGAACAGACUGCCAGUGCACCUCUCCUGCACUGUGAACAGACUGCCAGUGCACCUCUCCUGCACUGUGAACAGACUGCCAGUGCACCUCUCCUGCACUGUGAACAGACUGUUGGCCCAGGACUUUUCAGCCACUAUGAAAUCAUCCACAGCACAGCCACUGCACGCCUCCUAUCUGCCAUUACUCUGCCUUCUGACGCUUCACAUUGUCACCGGAAAUUAUAUCAUGGCUUCCACCACAGACAUGGAAGCUUAUACUGGCUCCAAAGACGCUACUGGGUUUCCUGAUGCCAGAGAGGGAGUAUAUUCUCUAUCAAGGAAAUUCAUCCGUGAAAUUCCCGGUAAAGAGGACACCCCAGUCCGAAGGAAGCGUUCAGCCAGUUCGUCCACCAAUGUGCCCUACACGCCACCUGUUGGCUUAAUAGUGUUCCUCGUCAUCCUGCUGGUGGUCAUCAUCCUGGCCCUGGUGUUCUUCUACAGGCGGCUUAACCAGGAGACUGAUGGCCAGUACGCCCCCGCAAAGCUCCUGAACGCCGCCAUGGAGUGGGCACGAAACACGGGCAGGGCCAUCGACAGCAGGAGGCGGGUACUGCUGAGGGGCCAUACCAGCGAAGACGAAGAGAUGGGCAGGCAGGAUGAUGAUGACGAGGAGGAGGAGGAGGAGAGGGAGGAGGAAGAGUGCAGGGAGAAGGAGAGCAUGCAUGAGGGAGAGAGCCUGGCAGAGGAUGAGCAGGGAGAAGAGGACUCCUCUGAUGACUACUCCAGCUUGGAGGGCUUCUGCCCGGGCGACGGAGCCAUGCUCAAGGGAAAGAAGGGGAAGAGAGCGAGCCAGGAAAAGAAGGAGGAGAAAAAAACAGAGGUGAUGGAUGAGAAGAAAGAGAAAGAGAAAGAGGAGGAGAAGAAGGAGGGAGAUGAGGGUCGUCAGGCAGGAGAAGGGUUGCUGGCGGACCUGAAAGAGUUUUCUGGCAAUGCCAUCUGGGCAGAGGAGAAGACAAAUGAGGUAGAUACGAACAAGUGUGACCUGACUGAGCUCUGAACGACGGAACAUGGUGAGAGAGAAAAAAUAAAAAUAAAACCAGAGGGAAGAAGGUGAGCUUCGAGCUAGAGAAAGGGAGAUUUAAAAUGAACAUGAGGUGUGUAAAGAUAAUUCAGAAAAGGGAGAUAGGGACAAAAAUCUACGAGGGUGAAGAAGAUCAAGUCUGGAAAUGGACUCACAAAUAGAUUAAGAACGAAAAAGGAAACUGGGGUGUAUCUUGUGUUUAAAUACAUUUUCACAUAUUUCCAUUGGGUUAUUUUGUACAUUAUAUGGUUAUUUUUGUAUUUUCUAUGUUGUGUAUAUUUUUCAUGUAAAACAUUUAUAUUGGAAGUGAGUGAAACAAAUGAAAAAUAUUUCUUGUUCCAGAUAGUAAACUGACUUUAUAUAAAAUACAAAAAAUGACUUGUGUGUCACAAAAAUAAGAAAUAAAUAAUCACUUUUUAGUAAUAAAUACAAUGUAUGCGUACAUACAUACAAUCAUAGUAUUUAAAAAUGAGUCAUAUCAUCAUAUUACUCAGGGUAGAGUGUUACUGAGGAGUUCCUGUAAGUCUGCACUUGUUCUAAACUGCAUAUCAAGUGGUUGUUCCUCCCAUUAUAACCCCAAAUACAUAAAAAAUCAUUUAAAUAAAGCCUUAACUUUCUGACAACACACAGCAAACACACAGCAGAAACACAGCAAACACACAGCAGAAACACAGCAAACACACAGCAGAAACAAGGAUGACUGCAGUAUUAUGAAGAGCAUAAGAUUUGAUUGAUAAGACAUUGAUGGGGCAGACCACGGGAUUGGAGAUAAAUAGAAGCAAAACCCAGGACUGGGUUUGGCUUGGAUUGGAUUUUCGGGGGCCAGACUCUCCCUCGAACAAAAACAAGGGGUGAGAAGGGAAUAGAUGAAGUUGAAAUUGAAAAAUUAUGAAUUUAGGGUUGUCAUGUGUCAGCGUAGCAAAAAGAGAAAAUAAGCAGCAAUAUUUUUCAUUUUAGAGGAACAUUGGUGGGAACACAAAGGUCGGAAGUUCGAUCCCCAUCUGAGACAUAUAAAACUCAUUGUCCUUUGUUAUGUACAUUGUUAUUUUCAUCUAUGUAAAUGGACUAAAAAUAAGAAAUGAAUAAUAUGUGUAAUGAAGCAGCCUGAAUGUGUUCCCUUUUAUUAAAAUAAAUGUUAAUUCAGUAAACAAUUCA